GAUCUUUUCUAUAACUAUGUUUUAUCACCUGUCUGUAAAGCACUUUGAGCUGCCACCGGCAUGAAAAGUGCUAUAGAAAUAAAAUUAUUACUAUUAUUAUUAUUAUUAUUAUUAUAUAUGCAACAAAACUGUUCAUAAUUCGGGGUUUAGUGAUCAUAGCAUUUCUUCAUUAAAUUCUAGUGUAUGACCAUAUGUGCAGCUGUGAGAAGUUUAAGAAAUGAGUGGUUCAAAGCAGCUGUAGAUUUCUUAAACUUUCUUAAAAUGACAUUAAAAAAAUUCUUUAAAGAUCAUUGUACUGAAUAUACUAAACUAGACACUUAUUUUCAUGCAUUUUUUCCACAUAAAGUUUCCAAAAGCUGCUUUUUAAAACUCUCAAAAGUAACAAAACAAUGUAGGCAUGAUCUUUUGCUAAUUUAUGCACAUGUACAUAUGAUAUACCUUUUUUAACUUUUUAACCUGCUGUGAUUAUGCAGUACCUGACAAAAAUUACUCUGACAGGCAAAAAAAUUUUUUUUUUUCUUUAAAUAUUUUCUCCAAGUACUUCUUUCAGUAUCUGCUAAUAACGAAAUAAAUUGUGUGUGGCAGAAGCUCGCUGGUUUGCUCCCCUGAGCUGACAGUACAUGGCUGAAGUGCCCGUGAGCGAGGCACCUAACCCCCAACUGCUCCCCGGGCUGCCCACUGCUCUGGAUAUCCCUGUGGAACGCCAGCGGCGUUGGUUCAAACAGACAUUUGAUCAUCUGCUGUCUAUUGUUGAAUCACCUGAAGCCCCAGAAGCAGGAGUGUACCUGAGCUCAGGAUACCACAUAUUCAAAGAAGUGCCUACUGAUCCAAACCCCUACUGGACCGAUUUCGUGUUUGGAUUCCGCACCAUGACAGUUCAUGAGAUGAAGAGAUUCCCAAAGCAUACCUUUGGCCAAGCUUUCACAACAAUAAAAUGUGAGUGUUCCAGAUACCUGCCAUGGCUGGAGAAAAGGUUUAGGAAAGCUGGUGGUCAGAUUAAAUGUGAGAAGGUGACUGACCUUCAGCAGCUCAUCUCACACUAUGAUGUCAUUGUGAACUGCUCAGGACUUGGUUCACAUCACUUGGUGGGAGAUGAGAAGGUCUACCCAGUGCGGGGGCAGAUUCUCAAGGUUCAUGCUACUUGGCUGAAGAACUUCAUUCGGGAUGGAGAUGGAAACACCUACAUCUACCCUGGCAUUGACCAUGUCACUCUAGGGGGUACUCGGCAGAAGGAUGACUGGAGGCUGGAGGUGGAUAAGGGAGACAGCAAGGGCAUCAUGGAGCGCUGCAGUCAGCUGGAGCCGUCCCUGCAGAAGGCUCAGGUGUUAGAGGAGUGGGUGGGUCUAAGGCCUGGCAGGAGGAACCUGCGUGUGGAGAAGGAGUGGCUGCAGGCUCAGGACCGCCAGGUGCUACUUGUGCAUAACUAUGGCCAUGGUGGCUGUGGUAUUAGUCUCAGCUGGGGCUCCGCGCUGGACACAGUUGGGUUGGUGAGGAAGAGUCUGCAUGAGAAGCCACUUCGUGCAAAACUGUGAACGUACUAGUAGAAUGCACAGUAGUUCUGCACGUUAGUCUCUAAUGUCACUAUGCAAUGACUGGUUAUUUCAUUUUCCAUUUGUCUUCUUAAUGGCCUUAAUGGUUUAAGCUACAUCGUGAUUGAUGUUGAGAAAACUAUGAAGGUAGGGAAAGGAGAAAAAAAAAACACCUAUUUUCACCUUUACCUGUUUAGGGUGGAAGUAUGUUAAACUUAUCUCAAAAUAAUGAGUUACUUUCUCAACAUUUUGACAUAUCUCAGAAUAAUGACUUGUUUUAUUGUGACAGAACUUUGCCUUAAGUGUCUUGAAAUAAUGAUUUAUUUAUCUCUAAGUCUCUAAUUAAUUAUUUAUUUUCUGAAGAUUCUGACAUAGUAUCUUAGGGUAAUGACUUAAUUUAAUGAAAUAGUAUCUCAGUAAUGACUUAUUUCCUCAAAAUUGUGAUUUCUCUUUAAAUUUUCAGGCAUUAAGAUGGACUUGACAUUUUUGUCGUUAUUUCAACAUAGCAAAUCAAUUAUAUUUUGAGAGAAGUCAUAGUUCAACACAGUAACUAAAAAUUUUGAACAAAGUCUUUUUAAUUUGAAUCGGAAAGUCAGAAACAGAGAAAGUGAAGAAAAGAAUGUAGGCACAAUUUUUUUUCUCCUGUACCUGGAUGGAAUGGGCUGAAGUAGAAAAAGACAAUUAUUUUCAAAUGAGCUAUUUCUGGUUUGUUUUAUAUUGAUCUGUGUACAUUUUUACAUUGUUAUCAAUUUACAAAUACAAAUCACAUUAACAUACUAAUUACAUAGUGUCAUACAUAUUUGUUGUACGUACAUUUUUAUUCCACUUUUUUGUAACAUUACAGGCCUUAACACAUUUGACUUGGCAUAAAUAUCAGAAAUGUCAUAAUAAAUUGGUACACACA